UUUUCGGUAAAGAUGGCCGCUCGUUUUCAAAUUUUAAUUUUACAUCUGAAACAGCGUUGUUGGAAUAUAAUUUCAGGACUUUGAUUUGACUCUCAGUGGAUGGUAAUCAAUUAAUGGUAAUAAAGUCAUUACAAAACAAAAGGGAAACCUAUCACUGGAGCAUUGGCUAGCUGCCUAAUGGAUAUACAUGAAUCAAGUGAUACAAUCAAAACAGUUGGUGACAUGAAAUCAGAUAGAUCUACAGCAUUUUCAACUUAUGAAAAUAUUCAUCCAGAUUUAUUAACAAAAAGUUAUGAAAACAAUCUCAUGCCCAAUGAAUUUUCAUCAUCUGACAGGAAAAACCCAAAUGUUUCAAAUUUACAGCUGGAAUUUUUAUCAAAUUCAAUCCCUGUCAAUACAAAUUUUCCUGUUUCCAAAUCAGAGAUUUGUAAUGAAAUGAAAGAUGUAGAGCUGUCACAAUCCCAAGACAAUCCAUACAUGUGUAUUCAUCAAAUAAAUCAAAUUACACAACAUUUGAUCCUUCAAACAAGAGAGCAUUCACAAAAUCAGGAUGUAUGUCAUCAAAUAAAGCAUUCUUGCCAGAAUUAUAUCAAGCAACAUAAGACAUCAGACACGAGAGGACAAGUUGAAUUACCCUCAGGUAACACGAUUAGUACUGGAGAAAUUACUGGAAGACAAGAUGAAUCGAAUGUACCCUCAGAUAACUCUAAUAGUACUGGAGAAAUUACUGGAAGACAAGAUAAACUUAAUGUACCCUCAGGUAACACAAUUAGUCCUGGAGAAAUUACAGGUAGACAAGAUGAAUUUAACUCUAAUAGUACUGGAGAAAUUACAGGAAGACAAGAUGAACUUAAUGUACCCUCAGGUAACACAAUUAGUCCUGGAGAAAUUAUAGGUAGACAAGAUGAAUUUAAUGUACCCUCAGAUACUUCUAAUACUACUGUGACAACUUAUUUACAAAAUGACCAAUUAUCCAUAACUAAGAACACAUGUUUUAGGGAUCGGCCAUAUUUUAAAUGCCAUGUGUGUCAUAAAACGUAUGUGACAAAAGGUAGUUUAUAUAAUCAUACAAAAAUUCAUUUAGGAGACAAGCCACAUGAAUGUGAUGUUUGUCAUAAAAAGUUUUUACAUAAAGGAAAUUUACUUACACAUAAAAAAAUUCAUUCUAAAGAUAAACCAUAUGAAUGUGAUGUUUCUCAUAAAAAGUUUUUACAUAAAGGAAAUUUAUUUAUACAUAAAAAAAUUCAUUUAGGAGAUAAGCCACAUGAAUGUGAUGUUUGCCAUAAAACAUUUUUGCAAAAGGGAAAUUUACUUGUACAUAAAAAAAUUCAUUCUAAAGAUAAACAACAUGAAUGUGAUGUUUGUCAUAAAAAGUUUCUACAAAAGGGAAAUUUAUUUAUACAUAAAAAUCUUCAUUUAGAUAAUAAACCAUAUGAAUGUGAUGUUUGUCAUAAAAAGUUUUUGCAAUUAGGUAAUUUACAUACACAUAAAAGUAUUCAUGUUGGAGACAAACCAUAUUAUAAAUGUGAUAUGUGUCAUAAGUUGUUUGCGCAAAAAGGAAAUUUAAAUACACAUAAAAAAACUCAUUCAGGUGAAAAGCAACAUCAAUGUGAUGUUUGUCAUAAAAAUUUUUUACAAAAAAUUCAUUUAACAAGACAUAAAAUUAGUCAUUCUAGAGAAAAACCACUUUAUCAAUGUGAUGUUUGUCAUGAAUCAUUUUUGCAAAAAACUCAUUUAACUAAACAUAAAAAUACUUAUUCUAGAGAAAAAACUACAUAUACACAUACAAAAAUUCAUUUAGAUGAAAAACUUUGUUUUAAAUUUGAUGUAUGUCAUAAAAAAAUUUCGCAAUUGGGUAAUUUAAAUACACAUAAAAAAAUUCAUAGUGAUGACAAACCAUGUUUUAAAUGUGAUGUUUGUCAUAAAAAAUUUUCGCUGUUGGGUUAUUUAAAUACACAUAAAAAGACUCAUUUAGAUGAAAAGCAACAUGAAUGUGAUGUUUGUCAUAAAACAUUUUCGCAGUUGGGUAAUUUAAAUACACAUAAAAAGACUCAUUCAGGUGAAAAGCAACAUGAAUGUGAUGUUUGUCAUAAAAUGUUUUUGCAGUUGGGUAAUUUACAUACACAUAAAAAAAUUCAUUUAGGUGAGAAACAAUACAAAUGUGAUAUUUGUCACAAAAUGUUUGUGCAGAUGGGUAAUUUAUUCACACAUAAAAAACUCCACUUAGGUAAUAAACCAUAUGAAUGUGAUGUUUGUCAUAAAAAGUUUUUGCAACUGGGUAAUUUAAAUACACAUAAAAGUAUUCAUGUUGGAGACAAACCAUAUUAUAAAUGUGAUGUGUGUCAUAAGUUGUUUGCGCAAAAAGGUAAUUUAAAUACACAUAAAAAAACUCAUUCAGGUGAAAAGCAACAUGAAUGUGAUAUUUGUCAUAAAAAGUUUUUACAAAAAAUUCAUUUAACGAGACAUAAAAAGACACAUUCUUAAGAAAAGCCAGAAAAACCACUUUUAAAAUGUGAAGUGUGGUGAAACUAAUUGUUCAAAAAGUUCAAGUGAAUCUAUCUGAAAACAACCAUCAUUGAUCCCUUUAGUGUUAAAUAGUUUCUAUUAAGUAGGCAUAAAAGAAGUCACAAAAAUUAACCUUUUGCAUCAAAUAAGUCUGUAUGCAGCUUUAUUUCACUGUUAAUAUUUUUAACAAGUAAAAACAAUGUGACAAGUAAAAAAAAUCAAUGCGCUUACUUUCUGUGUUUAAUAAUUUUGUUAUAUUUUACAUUAUUUAUUAUGAAUUUCAUUUGCCUUGUUAUACUUUAAUAUAUUACUAGCCAUGGGUACCUGUUUCAUGUAAAUUAUAGGCCUAUACAUUUUUAAUAAUUUACUUGUUUGGCAAAUAUAUUUUAUUGAAAAAUAUAUUUUAUAACACAUGAUUCUCUUAUGUUAUUUAUGUUGUUUUUUAAAGUAAUUUGUAUUGGUUUUGGCCAAGAAAAUUGUAUACAUUACAUAGUGAACAUCUUGAUAAGUAGAUCUAUAGAUCUGAACCAAAUUUGAAUGAAAAAGUUCAUUUCUUUAUAUUCUGAAUUUGGAAGAUGACACCAUUAGUGUUGUGUACUUUCCGUAGUUUAAACAUGUGAAAUGUGACUGCAUUGUUUUUUUGAGAUCUUGUCACAAGCAUAAACACUUUUCUGGUGGCAUAACUAGAAAUGUGUUUUUACAUUCGAAUAUGCCUUUAUUUUUAUUUUCCUUCUUUAAAUAAAAUUUAGUUUAUACAUUUAAUACAUCGAAUGAUUGUAUUGUAACCAUUGUUUUGUUUCUAAGUCUUGAAGUGUAGUGCUUUGUAAUGGUUCUUACCGUAAUAUUUAUAUCAGUUUUUGUAUUAGAAUAAAAUACAUAUAUAGUAUAACUUUCUUUAAUGAAAAGUACAUUUUGUAAAUUGUUUUUUGUCUACAUUGAAUACCUGCAUUUUUACAACAUGUUUGUUAAUGUUUUAAGACAUCAC